CAGUGACAUCACCCACAGGGCGGGGCCAGGCAGUGACAUCACCGGCAGGGCGGGGCCAGGCAGUGACAUCACCCGCAGGGCGGGGUUAGAGCGUUACUUGGAAACCCGAGGCGCGGAGUCCCGGAAGUGUCGCUGUCAGUGAUCCCGGAAGUGAUGCCGGAGGCGGUGCAGUCGGAGUGUGCUGGCGGUGCCCGGGGGUGGCCGGGCUGGCUGGGCCGCUCCUGGCUCCCCGCUGUCUCCCUGGAGGCGGACCCCCUGCUCCCCGGGCAGUCAGAGCGUCCCCCGGCCCCCCGCUCCUGGCUCCCCGGCUCCUGGCUCCCCUCCCCCGGCUCCCGGCUCCCCUCUCUCCCCCUGGAGGCGGACCCCUUGCUCCCCGGGCUCUCGGCCUCCCGCCGGCUGUUGCUGGCCGGGCUGUGUGUGUCCCUGGCCGGGCUGUGUUUCGGGCUGGCCGCGCUGUAUCUGCCGCUCCUGGUGCUCCGGGCCCGGAAGUUCUCGCUGCUCUGGUCUCUGGGCUCCGGGCUCGGCCUGGCCGCCGCCGCCCUCCUGCGGGGACCGAGCCGCCUCCUCCGGGAGCCCGAGCCGGCCGGCCUGCUCUACCUGCUGGCCCUGGGGGGGACGCUGUAUGCCGCGCUCGGCCUGCGGAGCACCGGGCUCACCGUGCUGGGGGCGGCCGCCCAGGUCAUCACCGCCGCCGGACUGCUGCUCGGACUGCUCCCCGGGGGGGCCGCUGGGAGGAGAUACAUCACCGGCCUGUGCGGGGGGCUCCUGCGGAAAGGGGCGGCCAGAGCCCUGCCCGUCUGAUGGGAGACCGAGACCCCCCGGGGAUACUGUGAGACCCCCCCACCCGGGGGACAGCGAGAGAGAGAGACCC